AGUAGGAGUCACUCACCCUUAAACCCUAGAAAUCGUACAAGGAGAAAGAGGAGAAAAAAGGCGAAAGCUUUACUAGUUUAUCAAUGGCAGAGCAACAAGAGAUCCUCGAUUCCGUGUCAGCUCAAGUGAACCCAGACCAGAAAGUUGACAUGGAGGUCGAAGCCGCAGCCCCAAAAGCCGAGACCGGCGAUGAGAAACGUGAGAGAGAGGAGACAGAGGAAGAAGAGAACGGAGGUGAAUUGAAGAAGCAGAAGGUGGAAGAGGAAGAGAAGUCUGGUCCGGUUAAACUCGGUCCGAAGGAGUUUGUUACCUCUGUGGCGAUGUUCGAUUACUUUGUCAAGUUUUUGCACUUUUGGCCAACUGAUCUCGAUGUUAAUAAGUAUGAGCACAUGGUGCUGCUAGAUCUGAUCAAGAAGGGCCACUCUGAGCCUGAAAAGAAGAUCGGAGGAGGAAUCAAAACCUUCCAAGUCAGAACCCACCCGAUGUGGAAAAGCCGAUGCUUCUUUCUGGUUAGGGAAGACGAUACUGCUGACGAUUUCAGCUUCAGGAAGUGUGUUGAUCACAUCCUUCCAUUGCCUGAAAACAUGAAGAGUCCUGGAGCUAAUGGCAAUGGACAUGGUGGUGGUCGUGGUGGCGGUGGUGGAAGAAGAGGUGGCCGUGGUGGUGGUAGAGGCGGGAGAUUCAGAAGAUGAAUUUGCUGACACUUGAUAUUUUAUUUCAAAAGAAAAUUUUGAAAAUUUCAUAUUUAGUUUUGUUGUUGAAAACUUAAAAAAGUUGUGAUCUUGUCGAAUGCUACUGUAUUUUGUCAGUUUAUAUGACCUAUUAUUGCUGAAAAGGAAGAAUGGUCUCGUCUCUAUCUUCAGAACUUCAGCGGUUACACAAGACAGCUUCAAUAGAUUUAAAAUCUGACA